AUGAAGCAUAUAAUUAAUUCCUUGGUUCUGGGAUUGUUUUCCCUUCACUUGAUCCAAGCAGCCCGUGUUGUUUAUGACAUGAACAUCACUUAUGUUGAAAAUGUGAAUCCUGAUAAUCUGAAGGCACGUCAAGUUGUUGGUGUCAAUGGAAAAUGGCCUCCACCUCCCGUUGAAGUAACCUAUGGUGAUACCUUGGUUAUGAAUGUCCAUAAUGCUCUUAAUGAACCUACAGCUUUGCAUGCUCAUGGACAAUUCCAAAAUGGUACAGCUUGGAUGGAUGGCCCUGUUAUGGUAACUCAAUGUGCUAUUCCACCAAAUCAUGAUCUACAAUAUGAGUUUAAUAUCACUCAAAAUGGUACUUACUGGAUUCACGCUCACUACAUGGGUCAAUACAUGGAUGGUCUUCGAUUCCCUAUGAUUAUCCAUAACCCUCAAGAACCAUACACUUAUGAGGAGGAAAUUACUGUUACUGUCUCUGAUUGGUAUCAUGAUAGAAGUUAUGAUAAUCUCGCAAAAUUCCUGUCAGUCUAUAACCCCACAGGCGCAGAACCAGUCCCAGAAUCCGCUUUGAUCAACGAUAAUGCUAAUACUACAUUCACAUUUGUUCCUGGAAAGACCUACCGUAUUCGUAUUAUCAAUAUGUCUGGUUUCGCUACUUUUUUUUACAAGAUUGAUGGUCACCAAAUGGAUAUUAUUGAAGUAGAUGGCGUUUAUACUCAACCCAAAACUGUAGAUAGUCUCUAUAUGACUGCCGCUCAGCGUUUCUCAGUUCUUGUCAAAGCUAAAAACACUACUGAUUUAAACUACUACAUGCAUGCUGAUAUGGACACUGUUAUGUUUGAUACUGUUCCUGAAGAUUUAGUCUCCAAUAUUACUGCUCCCAUUUACUAUGACAGAAACCAUCAAAACUUUGCUGCUAGUGAAGACCCUAAUGGUAUGACAGAGACUUCAUUUGAUGAUAUGAGUCUUGUGCCACUUUAUGCUGAGUCAGCUGUUGAACCUGAUCACCACGUCAAUUUGACAAUUGACUUCCAAGUCACUACUGAUGGUAUCAAUCGUGGUAUGUUUAACGAAUUACCUUAUCUCGCUCCUAAAGUGCCUUCCUUGAACACGAUGCUCUCUAUGGGUGCUGAUGCCAGCAAUUUGGAUGUCUACGGACCUCAAUCUCAAGCCUUUAUGAUCAAGCAUUUGGAUAUGAUCGAAGUUGUAUUAAACAACUUGGACGCAAAUGCUCAUCCUUUCCAUUUCCAUGGUCAUACUUUCCAGCUUGUAGGCCGAGGCGAAGGUGUCUUUGAUGGAAAUCGAUCAGCCGUCCAAUGGAUUACAAACAACCCUGCUCGUCGUGAUACCAUCCGAGUCGAUGCUGGUGGAUAUUCUAUCAUUCGUUUCCGUGCUGAUAAUCCUGGUGUAUGGAUUUUCCAUUGCCACAUUGACUGGCAUUUAGAAUCAGGCCUUGCUGCAUUGUUCAUUACCGCACCUGAAGUUGCUCAGCAACGUAUGACAUUGCCUCAAGCCUUUGUUGAUAUCUGUGAAGCAGGUGGUACUCCUGGCGUUGGUAAUGCUGCUGGCAAGAUGGGUCUUGACUUGAGUGGUGCUCCUAGUGGUGUUACUUUAAUCUAUGAUGGAUUUACUGCUAAAGGCAAAGGUGCCAUGGCCGCUUGUAUCAUUUCAGCCUUAGUUGGUAUGAGUGCUAUUGCUUGGUAUGCCUUAAAUGAUCCUGUCAGACGCAUUCAAGAGAGUUUGAACCAAUAA